AUGGAGUUGGAUUCGCAAAGUACAGAACAGCCUAGUACGUUUGCAGCUUUAACACUCUCAUCGUUGACUUCCCUUGCGCUAACAGUGACGCCUGGUAUCUCUUCACUUCAAAGCUUGCCAACUACCGAUUUAACAACAAAGCCGCAAGCAUCAAGUUUGCACGAUACUGGUAAAAGUGAGCCAAUGAGCUUGAUUCAAAGUACCAUCCAACCAACCGCCUCAGCCUCUGGGAUCGAACAGGUGAAUUCCUACCAAGUUUCUGAGCCACGAUCAACUAGCAGCAGUGCCACUACGGACAUUCAGGCGAGCGCACCAAUUUCGAUAUCCGGUAGCUUUGGGCAGGAAUCAAAAACGGUCGAUUCAUUCGACAGCCUGCAACCAACCCGCCUCAUUCAUUCAAGUGCGAAACUCAGCGCCACUCCUUCUACCGCUUCAACCCAAGGAAGCCAAAACGGUGAUUACAGUUUGACAUCGACUAACGCCAGGUCAGAACCUUCAAGUGAAAGCGCAGUUUCGCCGGUCGGCUCCUCACAAGGCUCGGAUGACUUGGCAUAUCCAAAAUCUUCACAGGCAGCCACGGUCACGCAAAACUUGGGUAUGACCACCGAGUCUAUGGGUGCGUUGACUACAAUUGCCGCCAGUAGCACCGCUUCUAUGACCACAGGAACAUGGUGGCUACCAAGCUCAAUUGAAAUUCAAUCACAAACUUCAAAUGCAGGCACCUCGUCGUUCAACCCCAGCGUUACCGCCAUCCUACCUCAUGUUAUAGCGCCACAAAGCACUGUUAUUCCUGCACCAGGUACGACGAAAAUUACUAUAGGGUUUGAUCGAGAAUUGAACUUCGAGUUUCUUGUUGAUCAUCCUCAGAGUUCAGCCCAGAUUUUCGCUUUCCUACCGUCUGUCCUGGUCUAUCCUUUCAGCGCAAAUCAAAUCAAGGACUUCAAUGGAUCUAAAAACAGAAAUGGCAAAUUCAUAGCAACAUGUGUCCAAAGCGGUACAACGACAGUUGCACCCGACUCUUAUUCUUUCCAAGAAAUUGGGAUUAACCUCAAACAAACCAACGAAUAUUCUUUUGUCAAUGUGUCAGAUGUGACAGUCAUUGAAAUCCAGCCAAUGACUCUUAAACAGAGGAACUAUCUGCUGUCUAUAGCAGUCGUGUAUUUUCCAGACGAUUUCGUGUCCGAACUCCAAAGCUAUAUCACCAAUACGACUUCUGGUUUAUAUCACAACCCGAAUCCAACUCUCUACGCCCUUGCACAGCUGAUUGAUCCUUCAAUACCGCUUACGGGGUUGGUGGAUGGCUCAGCAGGCGGUUCCUCUCCAGUUUCCUCCCAGGAUCCACACAGCCAUUCGCAACCAGAUGCUUCCAAAGCUUCAUCUAGCGAUGGAGAAUCGGGGAGCUUAGAGAGUACGGUGAAUUCGCAAAUCACUUUCGCCAUAACGAAGAGGCUAGUAGCAUAUCUCAUUUGCCUUGUCUUCGGCACGCUGCUAUGGAUUGUAGCGAGCCUUUUGAUGCACAGGUAUGUUCAAAAUGUCAGGAACAGAGGCGCAAAUAUGCCCAUUAUCAUCGAGGAUUACGAAAAGCGAGAAUAUUUAUCAGCUGAUGUGACUAGCCUUCAUUCUGCCAUUAGCAGUGCACCAAACUGCAAUGGCAAUAUCACUCAAAGAAUCAACAAGGAAGCUGCUUCAGAUCAACAUUUGCCAGGAGAUCUUGUAAUAACAGGUGACAAUACUGUUUACAGUGUUUCUCAUGAUUUGGAAUAUUAUGUUGCUGAGGAUGGCAGUUUCUAUUAUGCCGGCGCUUUGGACUCCACUACUGACGGAAAUGAAAGUACUAAACAUACUUCGCCCGAUAUGGAAGACAUUGACGACUUUUUAUACUCUGCCGAGCAGCAACGUUCAAGCCUGGCCAUGAACGAAACUUCCUAUGACAUUGGAAGCCUUGAGAUUGAUGAUGAGGGAAAUUUCGUUGUAUCUGACCCUAGUGAAGAGAUCGAACCGAUUGCACUCGAGACCGAUAACUCAGAAACCGUCGAGUCCUAUAACAAUAGAAAUCUCUACAAAAUGACUGAGACUACGAACUCAUACCAAAGCUCAAACGAAGCGGCUCAACCAACUGAUACCCGGGAGGCCAGUGAUCCUUCUUGGCCUAUCCAACGUUUCGGCCACGGUUCUAUAAGCAGAGCAGCUUAUGGCACAUAUUCCACAGACAAUAGUGACAAUGUUGCUCAAUACCUGCCUGGCGGCGAUUCCAUCGACGAAUACCUGUAUGAUGGGCUGAUCGAUGACUUUUCCGCUAGCGGUCCCCUCGAAGUGCAGAUUGAUGAAAUGGACGAUGAUGUUAUUGAUAUUCACGUAAACGACCUGGACGAGCUCGACGAAGAGAUGUACAGAAGACUAUCCAAAUUAAUGGAACACCAACAAAACAAUGAGAGCGGAAAUCUCCAUAUUUCGAAUGUCAUCGCGGCCAAAGCGCAAAGAAGUGAGAUAAAGCCAAGAAGCAGUGGCAGACGCAAUGACUUUCAAUUUUAA